AUGGCAGAUAGUCAACCGACCCAAGAAGGCCUUGACGCCGCCCUCAAAGGCUCUGCAGAGCUCGACAAUGGCUCCAGCAUGGCAUCAUCUCGAUCUAGCACCGACAGCCGGUCAUCUCGUAAUCACAGCCAACUGCGCGUCUCGCAUAUUCCGGCGACAAACCACCAACACCGCCAAAGCUUGAGCGAAACGCUUCGUGGCCCGCCCAGCUCUCCUAGAAGUCGACGACAACCCUCGCUCACGCAGUCUGCUAUUCAGAGCUUGAUCGACAACCCUCCACCGCCCAAGAAUGCCGAUCCAGCAUUCACCGGCCGGGAUUGGCGAGAAAUCUCCAUUGGGGAACUCGUGAGCCCGGGCGAUUUGCAGUUUGUAGAGCUUGAUACGGGAAUUGAAGAGGCAACUAAUAUCUUGAUUGAUUCUGGCGCACCCGUCCUCCUCAUCCGCGAAACGGCAGAGAAGAACUCUGCAGUGGCUACGUUUGACUAUUCAGAUUUGAAUACAUAUCUUCUGCUCGCAGCUGGGCUGACUGCCCCUGGAGAAUGGAACCGAACCUCGUUUGAGGAGCUCGCCCGGAAAGCUCGAGACGGGGAGAAGAUCCCCCUCAAGGAUGUCAAGGCAUUGGGUAUGGAGAAAGAGCCGCUUGUGACGCUGCCGGCCUCUUCAAAUGUUCUGAGGGCCAUCGAGGUCUUUGGCGGUGGCAUUCAUCGCGUCGUUGUGACGAAGGAAUCGGAUGAUGAGGAGGUGGUUGGUAUUUUCAGUCAAUUCCGACUCGUCAAGUUUCUUUGGGAGAAUGGCCGAAGCUUCCCUGCGAUCGAAGAGCUCUACCCACAAGCUCUUCAUGCGCUGCGACUUGGGUCUCACAAUGUCAUCUCCAUCAAUGGCGACAAGCCUCUGAGUGAGGCCCUUCAGUUGAUGGACACCGAAGGGAUAUCGUCCCUCGUCGUGGUCGAUAAUCACUGGAAUGUGAUCGGAAAUAUUUCAACUACCGAUGUCAAGCUUCUCACUCGGUCUUCCUCUUUGCCACUUCUUCAAAACACCUGUACUCACUUUAUUUCGGUCAUUCUUUCCACUCGAGGCUUGAUCGAGGGUAAAGACUCGUUCCCAGUCUUCCAUGUCCACCCGACUUCUACACUUGCACAUACGGUGGCUAAACUUGUGGCGACGCGAUCGCAUCGUCUCUGGGUGACCGAUCCAGCAUCCCCUUCCUCGUCCGGGCCACCCACCCCAUCUCACUCCACCACGCACAUUCCCUUGUCUGCAUCCUUUUCAUCAGCGACGCCGGGAACCCAUGGUGCGCCGUCUUUAUCCUUAUCCCCCCCUGCCCCCGCGGCUUCAAGCAACCUUUCCUCACAGCCACCCGCGCCGGUUACACCUCAUCUUCCCACGCCAUCCCAACCUACUAGCCAUGCUGCCCCGUUCCCGUCCGUCUCAUCGAGUGGAACCGUACAGCCCGUCGCACCUUCGAUUCCCGCCUCGGCCCUCCCCGGCGCCCGGUUAUCUGGGCGCCUCGUAGGGGUGGUGAGCCUUACAGACAUCCUCAACUUGCAUGCUCGUGCAAGUGGAUUGAACCCAGCAGAUCCGGACGAAUCCCGGCGCCGACGACGUAGCAGCUCCUCGAGCGUGAGUGUUCGCAGGAGCAGCGAAAUGGGCCGGGAGAUGUUCAGUCGCGGCGGUGUCUAG